GUUUCUACGGGCUGGUAACGUGGUUACAUCGAGCGGUGUGGCUUUGCGCAUCGGUUUCAGUGCGCACACUGGGCGCCGUGGAUGCGCGUCCACGGAGAACAACUUAGACCGACUUCAUCUGUAAACCUUCCGCUUUCCUUAACGGCUUAUAGAUGAAAACUACCCUGGAGGAAACUCUUCGUAGGACAAGGAGCCCGUCAGUCUGCGGCGCACGGCGCAACACCGGCGACCAUGUCGGACAACUUCACGGAUUUUAACAACGACACCCUGCCGGCGGCCGCCGUCACACAUUUAAACUUCCCAGCUCUCAUUUUCGGGAUUUUCUUGAUCAUCGUCGUCACCUGUGGAAAUGUGCUCGUGUGUAUUAGCGUUUACUUGGAGAAAGCUUUAAAAACCACUACAAACUACUUUAUAGUGAGUCUGGCGUUUGCAGACCUGCUGCUGGCGGUGCUGGUUCUCCCUCUCUUCGUUUACGCAGAGUUUCAGGGUGGAGUCUGGUCCUUGAACAUGCUGAUGUGUGAUGGCCUGAUGACCAUGGAUGUGAUGCUGUGCACCGCAUCAAUAUUUAACCUCUGUGCCAUCAGUGUGGACAGGUUUAUUGCCGUAUCCAUUCCACUAAACUACAACCGCAAACAUGUGGACCAUCGUCAGCUCAUCCUGCUAUCCGCCACCUGGCUGCUGGCCUUAGCAGUGGCCUCGCCUGUCAUAUUUGGCAUCAACAACGUACCUAACCGUGAUCCCACAGAGUGUAAAUUGGAGGACAAUAACUAUGUGGUCUAUUCCUCAGUCUGCUCCUUCUUCAUUCCUUGCCCCAUCAUGGUCCUGCUCUACUUUGGGGUUUUCCGCGGGCUGCGUCGCUGGGAGGAGACCCGUAAGGCCAAACUACGAAGCAGCAUCGAGGCCUGCAGGAAGCUGCAGCACGCUGCUAUCACCACAACCCUCGCCCCAGUGCCGGGCACCAUCCCUGGACCUCUGCCCAUGCCUCUGCCCAGGAUUAUCGAGCGAGAUCUAGCCCAAUCUCGCAUGGAUGAUUCUGGUGACUACAUACAACAGGAGAUUCCUUAUCCACGGCAGUACAGAGAGAACUCGGUGCCUACGCUGACCUUCAGCCAGCAGCAAAUGAAGAAGAGAGCCAAGCUCAACAGCAGGGAGAGGAAAGCUAUGAAGGUCCUACCUGUCGUAGUAGGUUGCUUCUUGUUCUGUUGGACUCCAUUCUUCGUGGUCCAUACGAUGCGAGCCGUGUGUCUGACAUGCAGCAUCCAUCCUGGUCUAAUGAGCACUGUCACCUGGUUGGGCUACGUCAACAGUGCUCUCAACCCCAUCAUUUACACCAUGUUCAACACAGAGUUCAAGAAAUUCUUCAAGAAAUGCUUCCGCAGUUGCUGCUGACAACAGAUUUCCCACCACAGACUCUGCAGUGAGCUGAAGGCGGAAUGAGGAGACUGGGAAUGGGUCAGAGGUUUUCAGUUUAACCACUUAUGGCUGAUAGUGUCUUACUGACAAUGUAUUGUUUAAGAUUGUUUCUAAGUUGCAAAUACUGAUCUUAUAGAUUCCAUAUCUGGGUCUGUUUUCUCCACUGAUGAUGUGAUCCCCAUGGAUUACUGCCUAGAAAAAACUAACAGUGCAUUUGUGGAAAGCUACAGAAAAAAGAUGAACACAUCCUCCCUUACUGAAAACAGAGAUUUCACUUUGUCUACACGGCGGUUUUUUGGAAUAUGCUGUCCAUCAGCCUUGGCUGGCUGGGGUUACUGUAAGCCAGUUCCACUGAAGGACAUGAGGAUUUGUAUAGAGCCUGAGGAGCAUUACUGCCUGAAAGGAUAAUCUCAGGGCAAAACAUCUCCAAGGAUACGGAAAGACUGAGUAAGCUUCAACAGAGCAGAAUGACAAGCAGCUAAAAGCAGCUUCAAGAGCAAAAAAUUGAUCUAAAAUCAUCCACUCAUGCCCACUGUUAUGAAUAAGCAUAAAGCAACAGUUUGGCAUGAUGUGUUUCUUGCCGGCAGAUAAAGAAGAUAAACACCAGUCUCAUGUUUGUGUGGUAAAUACGAAGCUACAGCCAGCAGCUGCCUAGCUUAACUUAGCUCAGAGUAGUUUAGCUUAGCAUAAAUGGCCUGUAUUUAUAUAGGGCUUUAAUAGUCCCUAAGGACCCCAAGGCGC